AUGCCUCCAAGGCUAAUGCCUAGGGAGGAAAGCUGGAACAGCCUUCGCCGUUCAGAAGCUUCCGGUGACAACGUUGAAGAUGAGUUCUCGGAUGCCAGUAUGAACGAUGAGUCUGACCAUGGUUCGGAGCGUUCCACUACCGAAUCACCAACUUUCCCAACCGUUAGCGACGUUCAUCGAGCACUUCACCCACUGCAAGCUACUGCAGACCGUGUCGGCAAGCAAGUCGAAGAAUUUGCAGAGAACCUCGACCGUCUUAGUUCUAGAGACAAGCGCAAGCAUGGGAAGGAUUGUGGCGACGUUCUGCCCCUCGUCGACGCUUACAAAAAGAUUGCCAGAGAUACUGUAAGCCGCCUACAGAGCAUGCACGCGCCUGAGAGACAGCAACAACUUUCCAAGACAACGAAACGGAGGCUUCGAAACUCAAGCGCCAAGUCCACGCCUGGGCCUCCUCCCGCAGAAGAUGGAAAGGACCGCGGUAUGAUGACUAGUGUUGAAGACUUGAAGAGGUGGGAGCUGGAAGAACAAACGUGGGACUUGGUUGGCCUCAUGCUCCAGGUUGAAUAUCCCAAACGGGGAAUGACGCAGACGAAUAUUGACGGCGAAUCGCAUCUCGUAAGGCCUAGCAAGGAUAUUGAAGUGCAUCGGUACUCCCCAGAGAAAGACGUUUGGAAUAGGUUCCUAGCAUCGGACGACCAAGCAUGGGAACGACAUACAGUAGUCGAAUGGCUCAAGAAGUGCGCGGAUAGUUUGGGCCAAGACAUUGACCAGGUCGUGGAAGAGCUUGAACUGGGCGCGGACAGAGGGUCUGGGCUAUGGGCUCACAGCUGGUUGUACUCAAAAGAAGCGAUCAAAUUCCAGAAACGCCUACGAUCAUGGCCACAAGCACUUGAGCCGGAUGAUCCGGGUCUCAACGCGUCACUGAUGAACUCUGAGAAAACUAAGUCCCUGGUUACUCAGCUGGAUCCAGAUGCAAUCACCCGUCAAGGUAGAAGUCUGGAGCAGCAAGAUUACUACUUCGAACGUGCUACGUGGCUCGCGUGCUGGGAAAUGCUAAGACGAGGGAAAGACUGGGAUUAUGUCCGGGAUUGGUGUCAUGAAAGAGGGGACGGCUGGAGGGCUACAGCAAUGCGUGGAGAUCCUCGAAACGCCCGCUUUCCCACCUCUUCACCAGCAAGUUGGCAAUCACGAGCAUUAUGGCGCAAGGCCUGUGCUCUUGCUGCGAAAGACGGUAGUGUCGACGAGUACGAGAAUGGAGUGUACGGAGUCCUCAGCGGAUAUCUUCCGAGUGUCUUGAAGGUCAGCCGCAGCUGGGACGAUUAUCUGUUCGCUCAUUAUAAUUCUUACCUGCUACACUCGUUCGAUCGUUAUCUGAAAUCGAGCUUUCCGGACAGGGUGCCAGCUACUCUGAACGACAAGCAUGGUUCAUUCAACUUCUCUGUCUUUGGCGGCCAACGUACGCAAUCCGGGAAUCAAAUUGUAGAGAAGAUGAAGCAUCUGGAAACAACGAGAGAAGAAGCGAGGGAGCCGCUCAAGAUGUUGCAGGGCAGCUUGAUUGCAAACACCUUCGACGAUUUUGUCUUUAAGCAUGGUGUCAGACUUACACAAGCAGCUAACGCUGAAGAGAGAUCUAAGAUUCUUGAACGUUUUGGGAACGAUCAAAUUCUUGAGGGGAGCGUUACAGCACCAAUCAGCAUGGCGGAUCAUGACCUUCUCCGUCUUCUAACGCAUAUCAUAUUUGUAUUCCAGGAUCUCGGAUUCCAAUUUGGGGACGGCGAACGCCGCUCCGCCAUGGAAAGCAUCAUCGUCGCUUACGUGGAUUAUCUUAGCAAAGCUGGCAAACAGCAACUACUGCCUCUCUACGCCUCCCGCCUCUCAUAUCAAACAUCGAUAGUUUGCUUGGGCCGCCAGCUACCAGCAAUCCAAGAUCGUCGUGAGCGCCAAACAAUGAUGAGUUUGAUGAAUCAGAUUGGAAUCGAUGUCCCUGGUGUCCUUGGCAUGCAGUUGCAGUUGAUUAUUACGGAUACGCCGCUUACGCAGAGCGAGUGGCCUGCGUUGAGGAUUCUUGAGCAGACCAGCAAGGACGUGUCAAGCGUCCGUCCUAUCCAGACCGGCUUCAUCGGUGAUGAAGUUACAGGUGACCAAGAAGACCUAAUUCACGGAUUUGAAUGGUAUAUGCUACUUGAUCUCCAUUGGCAGCAGACUAUGGCGAUAGGAGUAGUCAUAUACAAGCAUUUGUUACGGUCGAACGGAUUGGCAGCCGCACGACGCCUGUCGCAGACAGUACCGUUCUCUACAAUAUCUCUUGGGAAGACCAAUGAUGUCUUGGGAAAGCCGGUAGAUAUUAGCAAGAGCCAAGAUUCGAGUGAUGACGAGGGCGAUCCAGUUACUAGGAGUCAGAAUACCAGAUCACGCCACGCACAAAGCUCGCAACGAUCGGGCAGCCUGUCUGCGAAACUUGCCCAAAGCGAUCGUGAGCUCAUGCUGAGUCAAGCAACCACCUUUAGGGACUUCGAAACCCUUUUUGCUGCCCUCGAUGCGAUCGAGGAAUGGAAGAACCUUGCCGAUGAAGCUGUCAAAUACAUCGAACAACGCCAAGAUAUCAGAGUCUGGAAAGACUCGUUUCAGAAGGCUUACAAAAAAGUUGAGACGACUAUCGAGCCAUUACUCCAUGGAUGGUUGCGAAACCCCAAUAAUGACGAGGCAGACUUCAGGCAGAUACGGGUAGCUUGUUUACCCGAGGUUUUGCUUGCUUACAACAUGGUCUUGAACUUCAGCUCGCACUACCUUAGUCGUGAUCUGCUACUGAAGAGCAUGGACUUGGCAGCUCUGGUCGCUGCUGAAGACUCUGGGCUUGCUGAGUGCUUCAUGGCCGCUGAGAGGAUGCCUGAGCUUGUUGAUUCUUUUGCACUUUUGAGUAAGACGAUCAUCAGAGCAGAUGAUAGGGGAGCAAAAGCGGGAAAAAGCAAAAAGAAGAGGAACGGGGAGACAUUAGACCUGUGGACAGUGAGGGCGCCGGCAGACUAG